AUGUGUCCGAAAGGUUAUGAAGACAGCAUGGAGUUCCCAGACCACAGCAGACACUUGCUGCAGUGCCUGAGUGAGCAGCGGCACCAGGGCUUCCUGUGCGACUGCACCGUGCUGGUGGGGGAUGCCCAGUUCCGCGCCCACCGCGCCGUGCUGGCGUCCUGCAGCAUGUACUUCCACCUCUUCUACAAGGACCAGCUGGACAAGAGGGACCUCGUGCACCUCAACAGCGACAUCGUCACCGCGCCCGCCUUCGCGCUCCUGCUCGAGUUCAUGUACGAAGGCAAGCUGCAGUUCAAAGACCUGCCCAUCGAGGACGUGCUGGCGGCCGCCAGCUACCUGCACAUGUACGACAUCGUCAAGGUGUGCAAGAAGAAGCUCAAGGAGAAGGCCAGCACCGAGGCCGACAGCACCAAGAAGGAGGAGGACGCCUCGAGCUGCUCGGACAAAGUGGAGAGCCUGUCGGACGGCAGCAGCCACAUGGCUGGCGACCUGCCCAGCGACGACGAGGAGGCCGAAGAGGAGAAGCUGAGCCUCCUGCCCGGCAAGAGGGACUUGGCCGGCGAGCCCGGGACCAUGUGGAUGCGAUUGCCCUCGGACCCGGCGGGCAUGGCCCCGGCGGGCGGGGAGGCCGAGCCGCACGCCGCGGCCGCCAAGACAGUGGCCAGCCCCUGCAGCUCCGAGUCUCUGUCCCAGAGGACGUGCUGA